AUGUUUGCGUCAUAAAUACCAGGAGUGAAAAGUUAAAGAAUCAUAACUUUUAUACUUUGUUUUUUCUAAUAUGUGUUCAUACAUUGUACUAGAUCAACUUGGAGUUAUGUUUCAGGGGAUAUGACUAACUAAAAUUACUUUACUUCUAAAUAUCUAGGGUAUAUUAAUUUUUCUUUUCUAUUUUUUUAUGGUAUAGCGAUAUCUUGGUAAAAUGAUAAAUUAUUCUAGUUUAGGUUAAUUUGGAGAUAGAAUGAAUUUAAGAUUAUUUAUAUUAGCAGGAACUUUUACAACAAGUAUAAUUUUUACAAUAAUUGGUGUUAUGAUUCAAAUUCAAGAGAAAAAGAAUUAUUUAUAUCUGAUAUUAUAAAUUUUAAAUGGAAUGUCAUAAUCUACAGCAUGGCCUGGAUUAUUAGGUAUAAAUAAAUAAUUAUAUAGCUAUUCUAAAUAAUUGGUUUGUUACAGAUAAAAAAAUAUUGCUAUUAGGUUGUUUUGCUGCAGCUCCAAAUGUUGGAGAUAUAUUUGGAGAUAUUUAUUCAGGUUCUCUAAUUGGAAGAGAUGAUUUACCUUUGUAUUCAGCAGUUUAUUUGGCUGCUGUCUCUCUUUUCAUUAUCAACCUUAUUAAUGUUUUCUUUCUAUAAAGUGGUCCAUAGGCAGAUAUAAAAAAAAGAAUGAUUGAAGAAUAUGAAUAAAAUAAAAAAAAGGAAAAGAAAAAUGAAAAUUAAUAGCUUACUAUAGCUUUAAUAGAAAAGAAAUAUGAAAAUACUCUUAACUUCUCAUUAAACUUAAGCAAGAAUGAAACAGUAGAUAAUAAUUAACCAACUUUAUAAGUUAAUCAAUAAUAAGAAUAAUUAAAUUAUUUUACUGCUUGGUUUGUACCAAAUGUGGCUUUUUAUGCAUUUGCAUUUGGUUGUGUUAAAGCUGUUUAUUAUAUUCUUACUUUUUGGUUACCAGCUUAUCUUGAUUUAAAAAAGGUUCCAGAUGUUGCAUGGAUUACAGCUUAAACAGAUGUAGGAUCUAUCCCUGGAGGAAUUUUAGUAUGGUUAGAUUCUAAAUAAAUUUAGUUUCAUUGGAUAUUAUUAUAAUAAAAGAGCCGUAAUCAUUGUUCCAGCUUUAUGGAUUGGUACAAUUGUUAUGAUUUCAGUAAACUACAGUGGUUCAUUAAAACAUGAAGUUGCUGGAUACAUUUCAUUAAUUUUUCUAACAGGAUUAUUUAUUGGAGGAUGUUACAAUAAUAUAUAAGCAGCUAUAACUGUGGAAUUAAGUAAUUAACCAGAACUUUCAAGUAUAUUACUUUAUUUAAAAUUAUUAGAAAACAAGUAAGCUACUACUACUGUAGUUUCAGUAAUUAUGGGUUAUGGAGCUAUCUUUGCAGCUAUUAAUUAGAUAAUUGUUUCAUAUGUUGAACAAAAACUAUUUCUUUAUUGUGGAGCAAUAUCUAUAAUAGGUGGAAUUAUUUUAAUCCCACUUGUGAUUAAAGAAGUUUAAAGAAUGAAAUUAGAUUCUAAAAUGAAAUUAGAUUCAUGA